AUGGUUAUCAUCCCCAUGUCGAUGUCAGUCCCAGAAGUGCAGCUGCGACAGGCCUCGACUCCUGAAGAAAUUCAGCAGAUAUCCUCGUGGGGGGGAGGGGGUGGCCCCCAUGGUCCCUCUCGUUGGGUGCCCACCGAUUUAUACCUUGAUCAAGCUAAAAUGGCGCAUAGCAGAUGCUACUUCUUGCCUUUCCUGAUGAUGAAGAGCUGCCUCCUGCUGGGGUCCGCCGCCCCCUCUCCAAACUCGGACCUGCAGCAGGAGUAUGCACACUCCAUCCGCUUAGAUGGCGACAUCAUCUUAGGUGGCCUAUUCCCUGUACACGCUCGGGGCGAGCGAGGGCUACCGUGCGGCGAGCUGAAAAAGGAGAAGGGGAUCCACCGUCUAGAGGCCAUGUUGUUUGCCAUCGACCUUGUCAACAAAGACCCUGAGCUGCUCCCCAAUGUCACUCUGGGUGCGCGUGUCCUGGACACGUGCUCACGAGACACCCACGCCCUGGAGCAGUCACUCACCUUCGUACAGGCUCUCAUUGAGAGGGACGUGGGCGAUGUGCGCUGCACUAAUGGACAGACCCCCAUCUUCGCCAAACCCGACAAGGUGGUGGGUGUCAUUGGGGCGGCGGCCAGCUCUGUCUCCAUCAUGGUGGCCAACAUCCUGAGGCUCUUCAAGAUCCCCCAGAUCAGCUACGCAUCAACAGCGCCAGAGCUGAGUGACAACACUCGCUAUGACUUCUUCUCGCGUGUGGUACCUCCAGACUCAUACCAGGCUCAGGCUAUGAUGGACAUUGUCACAGCAAUGGGUUGGAACUACGUCUCCACGCUGGCCUCCGAGGGGAACUACGGAGAAAGCGGCGUAGAGGCCUUUGUGCAAAUCUCCAGAGAGUCUGGUGACGUGUGCAUUGCUCAGUCCCUGAAGAUUCCCCGUGAGCCCAAAGCAGGCGAGUUCGACAAGAUGCUUCUGCGUCUGCUAGAGACGCCCAAUGCCAGAGCCGUCAUCACCUUCGCCAAUGAGGACGACAUACGUCGCAUCCUGGACGCAGCCAAGCGAAACAACCUUACGGGUCACUUCCUGUGGGUGGGCUCUGACAGCUGGGGCUCCAAAAUCUCGCCGGUGCUACACCAGGAGGUCGUGGCCGAGGGUGCCAUCACCAUCCUGCCCAAACGAGCGUCUGUGGACGCGUUCGAUCGCUACUUCAAGAGCCGCUCACUGGCUAACAACCGCAGAAAUGUUUGGUUCGCUGAAUUUUGGGAGGAAAAUUUUGGCUGCAAACUGGGGACACAUGGCAAGAGGACAGGAGCACCCAAAAAGUGUACAGGCUUGGAGAAAGUGGGUCGCGACUCUGCAUACGAGCAGGAAGGCAAAGUCCAGUUUGUGAUGGAUGCAGUGUUUGCCAUGGCCCACGCCCUGGACCAUCUUCACCGGCAGCUGUGUGCCGGCCACCCGGGUCUCUGCCUGCGCAUGACUAAUGUUGAUGGCAAAGAGCUGCUGGCGCAGAUUCGCGCAGUCAAUUUCAACGGAAGUGCUGGUACACCGGUGACGUUCAACGAGAACGGCGACGCUCCUGGCCGCUAUGAUAUUUUCCAGUACCAGAUCAGUGAGCACUCUGGGCCAGAGUAUAAAGUCAUCGGGCAGUGGACCAAUCAGCUGCAUCUCAACAUGUCUGCGCUGAAGUUUGACUCAGUGGGCAGUGUAUCACCCCCUGCGUCAUCAUGCAGCGUGCCAUGCGGGCCUGGGGAGCGCAAGAAAGUCGUGAAGGGCGUGCCUUGCUGCUGGCACUGCGAGCGCUGCGAGGGCUACCAAUUCCUUGCUAACCAGUUCUCCUGCCAGCUGUGCCCGUAUGAACAACGCCCCAACCGGAACAGUAGCGGUUGUCAACCCAUCCCAGUUAUCCGGCUUGAGUGGCACUCGCCCUGGGCACUGGUGCCCGUCCUCAUUGCCGUGCUAGGUAUCUCUGCCACUGCCUUCGUGAUGGCUACCUUCGUACGCUACAACGACACGCCCAUUGUGCGGGCGUCUGGGCGGGAGAUGAGCUACGUGCUUCUGACAGGCAUUUUUCUGUGCUACGUCGCCACCUUCCCAAUGAUGGCUCCGCCAGGUGUUGCCGUGUGCUCCCUGCGUAGGAUUUUCCUGGGUCUUGGCAUGUGCUUCAGUUACGCGGCUCUGCUUACCAAAACCAACCGCAUCCACCGUAUUUUCGCCCAGGGCAAGACAGCGGUGGCAGCGCCUCGGUUCAUCUCACCUACCUCGCAACUGGUUAUUACAUCUUCUUUGGUGGGUGUGCAGCUGGUGGGAGUGUUGGCAUGGUUCGCAGCUGAACCACCACACGCCCUGGUGGACUACGGCGAGCAGCGUACGCCUAACCCCCAGCACGCGAGGGGGUUGCUGAAGUGUGACAUCUCGGACCUUGCGCUCAUCUGCUCUCUGGGCUACAGCAUCCUGCUGAUGGUAACCUGCACGGUGUAUGCCAUCAAGACACGAGGCGUACCCGAGACGUUCAACGAGGCCAAGCCCAUCGGUUUUACCAUGUACACUACCUGCAUCAUCUGGCUGGCCUUCAUACCCAUCUUCUUUGGCACAGCACAGUCAGCUGAGCGGAUGUACAUCCAGACGGCCACGCUGACUGUAUCGCUAAGCCUGAGUGCCUCUGUGUCGCUGGGGAUGCUCUACGUGCCGAAGGUCUACAUCAUCAUCUUCCACCCAGAGCAGAACGUACCUAAGCGCAAACGCAGCUUCAAGGCCGUUGUCACUGCUGCCACAAUGACCAAUAAACUGUCGCAGUUGGCGGCUGAACGGCCCAAUGGCGAAGUGAAGACUGAGCUGUUUCAGGGUGUAGAGGCCGGAGCCUUACCAACAAAAACCACCUACGUCAGCUACGCCAACCACGACAUCUGA